AUGGCUCCAACGAAGUCCUCACGCUUAAGAAACUCUCGUCAUGCUCUAUCUCAAUUAAAAAAUCUUCCAUCAUCAACAACAAACACUGCCUACCCACAAAUAUACGCACAGGCGCAAGCACACGCAUAUUCUUAUGAUCAUCUUCUUCCAGCUUAUUAUGUAAGUUCGGCCGCAAAUCAAACAUUCCCUGAAUCAUCAGGCCAACCAAGUACCGGAGAGGUUGUGUUGAAAAAGGCAUCAAGUGAUACAGAUGACGGAAAGUACAGAAUCAAGUUAUUUCAGGAUUUAGCAGAAAUUUUGAAACGGAAAAGUGAAGAAGAUGAAGCUUUGCGUAACUUUGCGGAAAAUAUCAUAAAAUGUAAAGCUUCUUCAAAACCGAAAAAAACAAGAUGCAAAGAAAAAGACGCCCUGAAAAAAUAUUUUGCAGCUAUAGUGAAACCAAGAAUUUCUUGUCAUAAAACUUCUACUCAACCACAAAAGAAAAAGUUUACUAAAAGUGAUAAUAAAAAAUCAAAGAUGAGUGAAAUUUUGAAAAAAAAUCAUCUGCUCUCGUUGGAAAACCGAUUAUUGUACGAAAUGGUGAUAAGAAACAAAUUGGAAGCCAGCAAAGUUAGCAAAACAUCUGGCAAGAACAAUCCUACAGCACCCUGUCUUACACCAAUCAUUCAUCUCUAUCAACCUCCCAUACCUCCAUGCCCACCUCCUCCUCCAAUGCAGUCGCAAUGUCAGGAUUUUCCAGAUCAUAAACUCAAUAAGAGUGCCCGGUGCAACGUAGAUUUAUGUGGUCCAAACAAUGCCAACAGCAGAUAUACAAAAUUUGAUUUGUGCAACAGUAGCUGCAUCAAUAAUAAGUUUAAGACGGCGAACCAGUCUGCGCCUAAACAGAUUGUUUACAUGUUGGAAAAGGAGUCAACAAGAUGCGGGAUACCUUGCUACCGUGUAGUCCUCACAAGUCCCUACAGAUCAUACAAAGACAUGCACAUCUACGCGGCCAAUAAUACACACGGAAAUGCGACGAAUCCUGCCGCUUGUGGCCUUCUGAGCGAUAAUGCAAAAUUGAAUUCCGCUAAUAAAAAAGUUCCAGUUGAAGAAAUCGACUCAAAAGCGACUUGUGAACCAACAACAGCGUCAGCAGACAAACACAUUGCCACGGCUAAUCCUACUGCAACUUUGCCUAAAACAAGCAAUGAAAAAUGUUACAUUAUCCAAAAGCCACCAAAUCGAAUAGUACCAAACCAGACAGACAACAGCAGAGCGUGCGAUCCCGCCUUAGAUCAGAAACCGAAUGAUGUCAUACAGCAAAACAAAAUUCAAAAUAGAAAGUUACCGUUAAUAAUGCACAAUAAUUUAGCAAAAAAAAUAGAACGUGGUCAAACUUUUGUAAUAUGUCAGUCAGUCCCUUGCAGCACAGAAUCAUGCUGCUCGUUGUUUGCUGAUGUUGCUUCUCUUAUAGAAUCAGUUGUCGUUAAAAAUUCACCAAACCAUAAAAAUCAAUGCAAACAAGGCGAUCCAUUUCAAAUGUUUCAAUCGCAGCAACUUCAACCAAAUUAUUCCAAUUUGCCAAAAUUAUGCAAUAAUAAUGAAUGUACAAACCCCUGUGUUUUACUUAAUUGCGGCCCACAGUGCGAAAACUUGAUGGGGCCAUCUUCGUCGGAAAAAGUAUCAUGCACCACCCAAACUGAUCAGUUGUGCUCUCCUUUCAAUACAUGCAAUCAAAGUUUAAAUGAAACCGAAACAAUCUGCAGAUGGUGCAUGAAGAAGCUCUGUAAACAUCAACUCCAUCGCCCUUACUUCAAAUUUUCAAGGUCACCUUUAUGGUCAUCAUCAUCAUCAUCAUCCAGCUCAAACUCAUCCAGCGCCUGUCUAACCUUCCACUCAUCUUCAUACGAAUCAUCGGAUUCAUGCGAACGAACCUGCAGGGCAAAAAAGAAAAAACACAAAGUUGCUAACACGAUCCCCGAAACGACACAAGCACCUACAGACUUUCUCGCCCCAUAUUAUCCACCACCUAAUGUUGAGCCCUAUGGAUACAAUGCUUAUUCCCAAGACGGUUAUCCCCCUCAGACAUAUCCGGAACCACCAUAUCCUCCCUAUCCCAAUGACCCGUACUAUCUCCAAGAACUGCCUUACCAGGAUGAAAGUGCUAACCAAAUUGAGAAGAAAGGAAGAGUUUUUGACAAGAAUGUUUUUAGAAGACAUUCCUCAAAGUACGUAUUUGUGAUUGUUUAA